CUCAACAUUUAAACGUCAAUUCAAAAUAAAACACGGGCACAGUACGACGUUAGCUAUUCGUUAAAAUUAAUUCUUGCCUGAUAGACAACUUGUGACUUCUGUCUCGCAAUUCUUGUUUAGAGUCAAACAGGACUUAUUUGUUUGUGAGAUAUUUAUUCCGCCCCACCACAAUUCCUAGGUGUAACAUGGACGGUCCCGCAGGACCAUCUCCAUGUCAAAAUGAACAGAGGAUGAACAGCGAAGCGAUGAAGAGGCUCGGGGCUGACGACUCCGGUUGUCAUUGUGACAGGACGCAGCCCGAGGUCAAGAUUAAGAGCAAACGAUACGGAAGAGGCGCUGUUGAAUCAGGAUUAACACACGAAUGUGGAGUUUUUGGGGCGAUAGGCACAGGAAAAUGGCCGACUCAGGUCGACAUACCGCAAGUCAUAUGUUUGGGACUGGUGGCAUUGCAGCACAGAGGACAAGAAUCUGCGGGCAUAGUGACGUCAGAGGGUGUGAGCGCCCGCACGUUCAACUCGCACAAAGGAAUGGGGCUCAUUAACAAUAUAUUCAACGAUGAGGCCAUGAAGAAUCUAAAAGGCAACCUUGGGAUCGGCCAUACCAGGUACUCCACGUCGGCGGCCUCCGAGGAGGUGAACUGCCAGCCGUUCGUGGUGCACACGGCCCAUGGCGCCCUCGCGGUGGCACAUAACGGGGAGCUGGUCAACUGCAGUAGCCUCAGGAGGAUGGUCCUUGGCAGAGGAGUAGGUUUGUCCACGCACUCGGACUCCGAGCUGAUCACGCAGGCGCUGUGCCUCAAUCCCCCCGAGGGGGAGAGCGACGGCCCCGACUGGCCCGCCAGGAUCAACCAUCUCAUGAGGCUGGCUCCUUUAAGUUAUUCGUUAGUGAUAAUGCUGAAAGACAAGAUCUAUGCGGUCCGCGACCCUUACGGGAACCGGCCGCUGUGUCUCGGGAAGAUUUUACCUCUCGGAUCCUCGUAUAUCUACAAAAAGUCAUCGGCGCAGCAUGAAGCGGUUCUAAUGAACGGCUGCGCUAAGAAUGGCGUGGACGACAGAGCCGAGGGUUGGGUCGUCUCCUCCGAGUCAUGUGGAUUCUUAUCAAUAGGCGCCCGCUACGUCCGCGAGGUGCUCCCCGGGGAGAUCGUGGAGAUGUCGAGCCACGGGAUCCGCACCGUGGACGUGGUGGAGCGCCCCGCCGGGAACCACCAGGCCUUCUGCAUCUUCGAAUACGUCUACUUCGCCAGAGCGGACAGCAUGUUCGAAGGUCAGAUGGUGUACUCAGCGCGCAUGCAGUGCGGGCGCAUGCUCGCCCGGGAGAGCGCAGUGGACGCCGACAUCGUGUCCUCCGUGCCCGAGUCCGGCACGGCAGCCGCGCACGGCUACGCACGACAGUCCGGCAUUCCGUUCAUGGAGGUUCUGUGCAAGAACCGGUACGUCGGGAGAACGUUCAUUCAGCCCUCAACCCGGCUGCGGCAGCUCGGCGUCGCCAAGAAGUUCGGCGCGCUCUCCGAGAACGUGAAGGGGAAACGGAUUGUGCUCAUAGACGACUCCAUAGUCCGGGGGAACACCAUCGGACCCAUCAUCAAGUUGCUCAGAGACGCGGGGGCCGCUGAGGUCCACAUAAGAAUAGCGUCGCCGCCGCUGAAGUACCCGUGCUACAUGGGCAUCAACAUUCCAACCCGCGAGGAACUCAUCGCCAACAAAAUGGACUCCUUCAAGCUCGCGGAGCACGUUGGCGCGGACAGUCUGGAGUACCUGUCGGUGGAGGGUCUGGUGAGCGCCAUCCACUACAACAUGCGCACGCCCCCGGACGGCGUGGGCGGGCACUGCACGGCGUGCCUCACGGGCGACUACCCCGGCGGGCUGCCCGACGACGUCGACUGGUGAACUGCGACGCGGCGGCCCACAUCUCACCGAACUUCACUUCUCGUCGCGACUAUAGUAGAAUUAUUUUGUCCGUGCAGUUUGGGUCAUAAAACAUAACCCGGCUAGGGCGGUGAGCAUGUUGCGCGGGCGCAACGCCAUUAUCGAUA